CUUGUCGCUGUCGCGUUCAGUCUUGUAUCAGUGCUCGUUACGAUAAAACGUAGGUGUACUCGCGUUAAAUGCUAACGAUUUUUCAGUAUUGGGUUGAAAUUAUUGAAUAACAGAAAAAUAUAGUACACUGAAUCGAUGUUUAAUCAAAUAAUGGAUGACGAAAGGCUCAUUAAACUUAUACGACAACACCCGAUACUUUAUGAUGCAUUACAUCCUAAAUACAGUGAUUUUGCGACAAAACAAAAUGUAUGGGAAAUGAUUUCAAGAGAAAUAAACGUAGAUGUUCCAAUAUGUAAAAGCAGAUGGAUUAAUAUAAGAGACACCUACAGAAGAUCCUUAAAGAAAAGUCUUACAAGAAGUGGAGAUGAAAGGAAAAUUAAACGGUAUAAAUACUCGAGAGAGUUGCAGUUCAUAAAGAAGCAUCUCAAAGAACGAUGUAAGUUACCUAUUGAAGCUGGAAUAAAACAAGAACCGACGGAAGAAAAAAAUGAGAAUGAAGCUAUACAUUUUGAGGUAAAUAUAAGUGACGAAGACAACGUUUCUUCUCAUGAUUCCCAAGAAGUAGAUAGCUUGUCAAAUUCACACAAUCCCACAAACGAACCGAUUUUUGAAAGUGUUGAAAUGCCGGUGUUAGAUGACGAAGACGAAAUACCAGGAAUAGAUGAGAUACCAAAACAUAACUUAUCACAAAAUAAUGUUUCGUCCAAGUUGUUAGAAUAUUUGAUCAAAAAUAAAGACUCUCAGGCUCAGGCUGCACCGAAAAAGGAGCACCCCGUGGACGUGUUUUUAUCCAGUAUGAGUGACACCUUAAAAAGCUUAGAUGCCUAUCGUUUAAAUUUAGCUAAAUCUGAAAUAUUUGCUACGGUUCAAAAAUAUGAAAUGCAGAUGAUAUUAGAUCAAUUUCCAGGACAGUCUGCUCCUCAACCCAAUAGUACAGCGUGCACAGCAAACUCCAUUUCUCACUCAUCAUUUGAACCUUCCACUUCCACUCCAGUGAUAUCGUCAGCAUCUAUAGACCUACACGAUAUCAAGAUGUUAUAAGAAAUAGAAAUGGUAAACACCGCUUAUGUGUGCUACAUUAUAUUCUGUUAGCAAUUACUAUUAUUGAACAAUUAUUAAAAUGUUACAUAUUAAAUAAAUAAACUCAAAUUAGUAAA